AUGUUGGCCUUUCAGACUGCAAAGCGCGAUCUGCGCAAGCGGAUGCGCGAGACACUUCAACUGAUGCCUACCUCUUUAAUCAAUCAACAAUCCGGAGUUGCGACCAGUCAAUUCCUGACGUUGCCCGAAUACCAGAAUGCGAAGAAUAUCGCCGUUUACUUGUCAAUGCCGACCGGAGAACUUUCUACUGGUAAUAUCGUCCGGGAUGCGUUAGCACGCGGUAAAAACGUGUACAUCCCGUACAUUCACACCGUGGAAAAAACCUCAGUCAUGGAUAUGCUCGCGCUCGAAUCAAUGACGGAAUAUGAGUCACUGCAACCUGACAAAUGGGGCAUCCCCUCUUUACGGCCUAGUCAGGUACCAGGUCGUCGUAAUGGCUUGACAGAGAAUGGAUUGGAUCUUAUUGUAAUGCCAGGCAUGGCUUUUGACCGGGAGUUUCGGCGACUUGGUCACGGGAAAGGAUAUUAUGACCACUUCCUCACUCGUUAUUCUCAGCUCAGCAAGAAAAUGCCAUUCCUCGUGGCCUUGUCGCUCCAGGAGCAGAUGGUGGAGGAAAUCCCAGUGAUGGCGCAUGACUGGCGGGUUGACGCACUUGUGGUGGGUGACGGACAGUAUCUAGCUAGAACGCAAUAA